AUGCUCGGAAAGGAAUGGAGUGUUCUCUUAAAGUUUAUUCAAGACGUUUCAGCGGUUUUUUCUAUAGUGAUCAACACUUUCCUGAUUGCCCUAAUUCUCACAAAGUCCCCAAAACAGUUGGGCGCAUAUAAAUGGCUCCUGAUCUACAUUUCAGUUUUUGAGAUUUUUUACUCGAUUCUAGAUGUGAUGUUAGUUCCGCAGCACUAUUCGCAUGGCCCAACCUUUCUGGUCAUUGUUGGUCUUAAGGACAAACUAUUUGGCCCUGCGGGUCUUCUGAUUCUUAACUCUUGCUACUGGGGGUUCUUCGGUGCAUCGAUGGCUAUGUUCGCAGUUCAUUUUGUUUACAGAUGGCUUGUUGUAACAAAAAACCCUCUCCUGGAAACUUUCAACGGAUGGAAACUCAUCCUAUGGUUCUCAAUACCAUUAUGGUACGCGCUUGUCUGGAUUUGCACCGGAUACAUUCUAUCGGCGCCCAACGAGCACACCUCAAGAUUCAUCAAGGACAAUGUGAAAGAGAAAUUCGAUCUGGAGUUGGAUGAGUACGUCUACCUGGGACCAUUUCUCUACGAGAGAACUGAAAAUGGAACUAUUGAUGUUCACAUUGUGCCAUUUAUUGGGCUGGGCAUGAUUUCUGGAACUAUCGUUUCUUCCAUUAUAAUCGUUCUUGUCUUCGCGAUUCUUUGCUACCAAAAAAUCAACAAACUCGUUGCAACCACGGCAACUUCUGCCAAACUCAUCAAGCUUCAGCGCCAACUGUUCUAUGCACUCGUCAUCCAAAUUCUUGUGCCAUUUGUUUUAAUGCACAUUCCAGCGGCUAUAAUGCUUGUAUUCGCUUUUCUUGACAUUGAUCUAGGCGUCUACAGUGCUGUUGUAUCAAUGACCAUUGCAAUUUAUCCGGCAGUUGAUCCUAUUCCAACGCUGGUUAUUGUUGAGAAUUACAGAAACGCCAUUAUCAGGUACCUGUCAUUAGAUUGCAUGAGGGUGUCUUCAGUCACAACAGCCACUCCCAAUAUAAACACAGGAUUAUAAAAUGCUUCAGCUAACAUCACAUCUUCAAUACUUUGCAACGUUUUUUGAAAAUUGGCCCUAAUUGUAAAGCUAAAUUCAUUUCAUAAAUUUAUGGAAUC